AUGGCUCGCUCUGAUGCGGGUUAUAACAGCUGGGGACUCGGGGCUGUGGUGCUCCUCGGUUUGCUGACUACCACAGCACUGGGAGGCCAGAUUCUCAAAACGAACGGUUUCAGCGACUGUGGCUCUGAUCCCAGCAUCAAUGUUGACAAGAUCAACAUUAGUUACAACAACGAGGACAAGACUGUGACUUUUGAUGUGGCCGGAUCCAGCACCCACGAGCAGUAUGUAAGCGCCGUCCUUCAUGUCACCGCGUACGGCAACACCGUCUACUCCAACUCCUUCAAUCCUUGCGACAAGGCCACGCUCAUUGACCGAUUAUGCCCUGUUCCAGCUGGCAACUUUGCUGCUCGUGGCAGCCAAGAGAUCCCGGCCCAGUUUGCCAACAUGGUUCCUGCAAUCGCCUUUCAAGUACCCGACAUUUCCGCACAUGCCACCUUGCAACUCUUGAGUCUGAAUGGAGGGACGCGGGUAGCCUGUGUUCAGUGCGACAUAUCCAACGGCAAGACCACCAAUGUUGCCGCCGUUUCGUAUAUUGCCGCUGGCAUUGCUGGCACUGCCUUGAUCGUGGCGGGUGUUUCCGCUGCCGGUGCUGGCUUGUCUGGCGGAGGCUCGGCCGUCGCCGCAGGCACCAUGAGCCCAAGCUUUGGCGAAACCGUCGGAUGGUUCCAAGGCAUGGCCAUGAACAGCAUGCUUUCCGUCAACUAUCCCCCCAUCUACCGAAACUUUGCCCAGAACUUUGCCUUCUCCGCCGGCAUCAUUCCAUGGUCCGGGAUGCAGUCAACCAUUGACCACUUCCGAGCAAAGACGGGGGGCAACUUGACUCAGGACAACUUCCGCUACCUCCAGAACGCCACUCUCAUCUUCCCAGACGGUACUUCCAGGAGCCCCAAUCAAGGCCUCUUCAACUUCAAGCGAGCCGUCGACGGCUUUGUGGAACUGGCCUCGCGCGAGAUUCAAACAUCUGUCAACUCGACCGGAUCCGGCGCAGCAGGGGGUGGCAACGAUUUCCAACACCGAGUCCGGGGGAUUCAAGCCUUUGCGGAACAGCUUCUUGUUCCAAAGUCAAACAUCUUCAUGACGGCGCUUCUCAUCGUGGCCAUCAUCAUCGCGAGCAUAGUUGUUGGCAUUCUUCUCGUCAAGAUGAUACUGGAGGCUUGGUCGGUGUUUGGCAGUUUCCCGGAAAGUCUCAAGGGCUUUCGGGAGCACUACUGGGGAUCCAUUGCUCGAACCAUUACGUCUCUCAUUCUGCUUCUCUACGGCAUCUGGGUGUUGUACUGCGUGUUUCAGUUCACAAACGGCGACUCUGCGGUUGCCAAGAUUCUUGCAGGCGUGACGCUGGCCAUCUUCACCGGCAUCCUCGCCUUUUUCUCCUGGAAAAUCUGGUCCGUGGUGCGCAAGCUGAAGCAACAGGACGGCGACGCCAGCGCCAUGUUUGAGGACAAGUCAAUCUGGGUCAAAUACUCCCUGUUCUACGAAUCGUACAAGAAGCAGUACUGGUGGCUUUUCAUACCCGUUAUUCUUUACAUGCUGGCCAAGGGCGUGGCCAUUGCGGCCGGCGAUGGCCAUGGCAUGGCCCAAACCAUAGCUCAAAUGGUUAUCGAGGGACUAAUGCUUUGCUUGCUGCUGUGGAGCCGCCCCUUUGAGCGCCGCUCUAGCAACAUCAUGAACAUUGUGAUCCAGGUGGUGCGCUUCCUGUCGAUUGGCCUGAUCCUGGUCUUUGUUGAAGAGUUUGGCAUCAAGCAGACGACACAAACAGUGGCAGGGGUGGUGCUCAUAGCCGUCCAAGGUGCUCUGACGGCUGUGCUCGCAAUCCUCAUUGCAUGGAAUGCCAUCAACGUUUGUUGCAAGAUGAAUCCGCAUCGAAAGAGAAGAAAGGAGGCUGAAAAACUCAAGCGUGAGAUGGACAACCUUACUCCCUUGGAUGCGCGCAACUCGUUGCUUCUCGGCAGGCAUCCUGUGACAGAGAAGUUCAUGCUCAGUACAUCUGGCGAUGUGAAGGACAGGGGAUUUGUCCACACAGAAUCUAGAGAACGCUCCUAUCACACAGGAGUCGGGUCGCGACCGGCUGUUGGUCCUUCUGGGGCACCAGCUUACCGACCCUUGACAUUGACCCUUGACACCGACUCUCACAGCCUUCUAGGUGGAGCUGCGCCGAUCAGCGUAUCUGACCGACAAGAGCGAUCCUACGACUACAACAAAAGUUACAGGGCAGCGGCCUGA